AUGAAUACCAUUUUGAGAGUUUUUUAUCAGAAACUUAAUUAACGUGCAAAAUGUAACCUUAAAUUCCAAAUGUGUAAUUAUUCAAUUUACGUGAAGAAAUAUACAGAAAAAAAGGGAAUUGUAAAUCAUUAAGAUUAUUAUUAUAGAAUUUGGUACAUUAUAUAAUAAUAAUCAAGCAAUUAUAUAUAAAUGCUAAUUAAUCCUUUGUAUAAUUGUUUGAAUAUCAAUUUGUUUUAAAAUUAUCUACGUAAUUUAAGUAUAUUGAUAUUACAACAAUGAAUUCUUAUUAAUUCAAAUAAUAUAUUCAUAAUCAAAACCUGUUUUUUUAAUAUAAUCAAAUUUACUUACUUCAACUAAAAUAUGAUCAAUUUUAAAUGAAACAAAUACUAUUAUUUUAUCUGCCUAAUAUUUUUAGAAUUAUUCAAUACUUACAAUUUUAUAAUCUUCAUUUUUAAAUUUGA